AUGUCAAAUGUUAAAGAAUUAGGUGAACAUGAUGAAGAAUAUGAUCAAGCAUCAAUGCCAUUUUCUUUAGAAUUUUCUGAUGAUAUCAAUAGUAUAUUUAUUGAAGAUUUGUGUGAACUAAAUGAUGAUGAAAUGUCUUUGGCAGAGGAGUCUGUAGAUGAUAUAGGCAUUGAAAGUGUAUUUGUAGCAUUUUUGAUGUGUUAG